GGAAUUUUUCAUAUUCUAGAGCUUAUUUCCUCGUUUUGACACAUCGGUAGCACAAAAAGGGUUUAGCAGAGCAUUUGAGCCAUUUCCACUUCUCAAUCAUUCUCAACGACGAUGGCCCUAGAACUCUGGGAGACUUUGAAAGCCGCUAUAACAACAUACACAGGUCUAUCCCCGGCAACUUUCUUCACAGUUUCUGCUCUUGGUCUUGCAAUCUACUAUGUGGCUUCCGGUCUCUUUGGAUCAUCUGACCGUGGGAGGUCCUAUGAGUUCGAGGAGAAGGGCGAGCCUCUUCCGCCGCCAGUUCAGGUCGGGGAAAUCACAGAGGAGGAGCUGAGGCAGUACGAUGGGUCUGAUCCCAAGAAGCCUUUGCUCAUGGCCAUCAAGAGCCAGAUCUAUGAUGUUUCUCAAAGCAGAGUGUUUUAUGGGCCUGGGGGGCCAUACGCGAUAUUUGCAGGAAGAGAUGCAAGUAGAGCGCUUGCUAAGAUGUCCUUUGAGGAAAAAGAUCUCACGGGCGACAUCUCUGGGCUGGGUGCAUUUGAGAUUGACGCUUUACGUGACUGGGAAUACAAAUUCAUGAGCAAAUACGUCAAGGUUGGGACUGUCAAGGCCACAGUGCCUGAAGGCGGUGAUCAUGGCAGUGGUUCUAGUUGUGAGGGACCUUCUGAGACAGCAGGCGGAAUUGUUAAUCAUGUGGAAGAUGGUCCAUUGGAGAGUUCUAAGCCAGUAGAUCGCGCACCAUCUGAAGCUGCUCCGCAGGCUGAAACCACCACUAUUACAUCUGGGGGUGGUGGUGAGAAGAAAGAUUGAUGUUUGUUUAUAGAGCAUGCAAAAACUAAUUAUUAUUCCCCAAUGUAUAACAAUUUUAGCCCCUCAUAGGUGAUCAAUCUGGUGAGGAAAGGGGAGGUGAUGCUCCACUUUUGCCGCCUACUAUAUCCCCCCUUUUCUCAUCUUUGCAGGACUAUCGAACACAUUUUUAAGUUUGUUCAUUUCUAUGUUCUAGUAGUGAUUUGAAAAAAGCAAUGUAACUUCAUU